AAAGUUGAAAUCUAUUUUGUUAUUCAAUAAAAAAAUAUUAUAUUAAUAAUAAUGUCUGUUUAGAUUUUAGACACAGUUGCUAUAGUCCGAAUUUCCAUAGAUCCGAUCAACUCCAAUUAUCGAAUUAAUUCGCGUCUUAUUGUUCUGAGAUUUUCACGAAAGAAACUUUUCACCUAUAUAGUCAUUGUGCCAAUAGCCAUUACUAUUUAUUUUAGCCAUUGAUUAUUUAUCGUUAUUAUUACUAUCAGUAUUUGUAUUACCGUGAAACGAAUAACUUCUGCCAGUUUAUAUAUUAUUAUCAUUUUUUACUAAAAACAUUGUCUUUAGUUUUGAAAAAAACAUGGCACCGUCAGCUGCAGUGAGCAAGAGAGAUGACGGUCCGUCGACAUCCGAAGAUUUUGAUUUAGAGAAGACGGCCGAAGAGGCGAAAUCUUUGAUUGAGAAAAUCGUCAGAGAUGUUGGCAAAAAGUCUGCAACCAGACAAUUGAUUUUUGGUUCGGCGUCUGGAUGGGCAACUGGCUUUAUAAUGAUGAAGUUGGGUAAAGCUGCUGCGUUCACAGUCGGAAGUGGUAUAUUAGUGCUUCAACUGGCCAAUUCGAGCGGUUAUAUAAACAUUAAUUGGGAUAAACUGACCAGAGGUGUAGAGAGAGUGGCCGAACAAGUCGAAGGGAGUACAAGUGACAAAAAGCAAGGAUUAUUGAAGAAGAUGGGGCGCUUUGUCGACAAGAAACUUGACAAAGCUGAGGAUUUAUUAAGGAAGAAAGAACGCAAAGCUAAACGUUGGUUUAACCGUAUAUCUGGUGAUGAGGACGAGUUUGUUUUUGAAGAGAUUCAUGUAUUCUUAGCAUCUUAUAUAAUUGGCCUUGUUCUUGGAAUUUCUUGUGGCAUAGCUGCUCGCUGAAACGGUCAUUGAACAAUACAUUUUCAUGAAUAUAUAUAUUACAAUAUACAAAAAAAAAUCAUUUCAUUUUAUAUAAUUGUUUGGAUGUAUAUAGCAAAGCACUACUAAUAAUAGUUCCAUAUUAAUUUAUUUAAAUAAUUUGUUUAUAAUGAGAACAGGCGCUUGUUUUUUAGUUUAUUUACUAAAUUUACAUAAUUUAUAAUUAUAUUGUAUAAUCAUAUUAUAUUUAGUAAGUAUUAUUUUGAUACUAGUCAGUUCGAAAUGAGUCGUUCCAUUCAUUUGUGUAAUGAUUUGUGAUCAAACAAAUUAUGAAUUUAGGUUUUAACUGUUUAAUAUCUUAUUUGUUAAUAUUUUAUUUUAAUAAAAUGAAAUUAUCUUGGAAACUAUUUUAUGUAUUCACAAAUAUAAUUUUGUUUGAAAUUUGUAUGUACUUAUUGUACUUUAUUAAGUGUAGGUACUAUUCAAAAUUUUAACAAUUAGUUUUUCUAUAGUAAAAAGUUUAUAUUAAGAAUAAUAGCCCUUAAAAAUGGUUUUACAGAAAUUUAAAAUAUAUGUGAUAUUGUGGAUC